AUGGCAACCAAGGCCUACUCCAUCUGGAUCUACGAUCGUCACUGUACCCUCGUCUAUCACCACGACUGGUCACUCUCCUCCAGCUCUGCACUCCAACCAGGCCCCGACCUCCUUCCCGGCGUGAGCAGGAGUAUCGCACACCAGCCCAUCCCUUCCACUUCUACCUCUUCCGCCCCUGGCGCAGCUCCCACUCCUUCCUCAUUAGCAGGUUCCUCAGCACUAGCACUAACGGACCAGGCCAAACUCAUUUACGGUCUCGUCUUCUCCCUGCGUAAUAUGCUCGCCAAGCUCUCCCCCUCUGCACAAGCCACCAGCACUUCCCACUUCAACACCUAUACCACGCCCACCUACGCACUCGGGCACUAUCAGACGGCGUCCAUGUACACAUUCGUCAUACUCACAGACCCCGUCUCACCACCUGUGCGCGCAGGAGCUGGCGGAAGAGGAUCUGGUGCAGGUGCAGCUACAGCAGACGGCUCGAGCUACUCGGUGGGCUCAGGCGGGGGUGGAAUUCCAGGCACGGGAGGAAUGUCCCUCCCUGGUGUUCUUAAGCAAAUCAUCGCGGGUCCGUGGGUGGAAUGGGUAGUCAAGAAUCCCGCAAUGGACUUCCUUGGAGGUGGGUUGGAGACAGAGGAGAUUGAGGACGUAGAUCUAGAUCUGGACGAGGGAGAAGAGGGAGGCGAGGAAGAGCUGACAGAUGGGGCCCAGGAGAGAUCCGAUGUGAGAGGAGAGGUCAGGAGAGUGAUGCGAAGGAGAGGAGUGGACUCGGAUGGGCUGAGGGGAGCGAUUGAGGCGGUGCUCGCACAGAACAAGCUUUCGACGAAUCAUCCGCCGUUACAGAGGGCGGGAUAA